AUGUAUUUUGACAAAGCCUAUUACUGGCUCCUCUCGAGCGGGGUUGAAGUCCAGAAUAAUGCGUGGGAGGCGUUUGCGAUGUGCCUUCACGGUCGUGCACCAAACAUCCAGCGCGCCCUGGUCCAAGAGCUCCCCAGCAUGCCAGACAAGAAUAAGAAGAGCUCCAAGUCGUUGCGUGGUCUUGGGAAGGGCGAGAAAGGAAGCCGGGGAAAAGGCGGUGGUCAGGCACCGAGAGAUACGGUCUUGGAUCAACAGCGAUUUGAAGAGCUGGCCAUGCUUGUUUACGAAAGACAAAAUUUGGAGGCGGAGUAUAGCACAGCUGUCAUGAACUUGGCCACUCGCAUGCGUGGUAACGAAGCGGCCGAGGAGCUCUAUGAACAUAUGAUCAAUUGGAUUUCGGAUCCAUACGAGAGCAGACAGACCGAUGAUGCCAACCGCGAGGUCCAGGACUACCAAGAUUUGAACAGAGCUUUGUCCAUGCAACGCGGCAUCGCCGCCAUCCCGGCCUCUCUAGACCAGUUCGCAGCCGACCAGCAGGACAUGGUCCGGGACAUCGCGAGGAUCCAAAGACAACUCGCCAACAUCAUCAGAAGCAUCACUACGCUACGACUGUGGCUGAACUUCUCAGGUGAUGAGUAUUCGAAACCCUCAGACUUUGACAACACUAGAAGAGAUGAUGAAGACCCCGACAAUGGCGGCGGGACUUUGCCUGGCGGAGAGGAGUGGGCUCCGGACUUGGGAGCGGGCGUUGACCAACAAUUAUAUUAUAAUUAAGGAGCGAUGACACUGCUCUUCUGCGGUAUACCAAAAAAAAAAAAACUAAAAAAAAAACUCAGCGAGCCUGUGUUGGUGGUUGGGCACGAUGUGUACGGUGGCCGUUGAACUUUACUCGAUCGAAUUGGAUAGUUAAAGGAAGUGAGUUUGGUCUUCGCCAAAGGAGAGACAUUCUUGUCUCCUCGGUACAUUACUCCAUCUGCCUUGAGAGCAAUUCGACCAGCAAGGCUAGGUUGUCCCAGGAUUCGCCAUCGACACUGUAGAUCUCAUAUAUUUGACCUGUCACCCACUUUAUAUACGGCCUCACGAGUUGCGGUUAGUCAUGCUUGUCCAAACCCUUGGGAGCUCUUGUGAUAUAGGCGGAGGAGGACAGCCAUCUCGGGCAGUCAAAGAGUGUGCUGAUUGCCGACGUUGCAAUUCUCCCAAUAGGGCGGAGAAUUCGC